AUGAGGCGCAGCUUAGCGCCGAGCCAAAUUGGCUCCGGCGACAAUGUUUUUAAAAGUCCUCUACUAAAUGCUACGAAACGUAAGAAGCGGGAAUGUACAAAGAUUCCUCUCGCUCAAAAAUCUCUUUCACAAUCAAUGUCUUCUUCCGAUCAUGAGAACUUAAUCAAGCAGAUAUUGAGCAAGCCCUUCAAAGUGCCGAUUCCGAACUACGUGUCGUCUUUUUGUGGUAAAAGUUUAGGAUUAAAACGCACGCAAGUAAGACGAGCUUUGCAUGAUCCUGAUGAACCCAAUGCACUUGUAUUAUACCGACCGCCGUAUAUCCCAGAACAUGAGAGGAUGAAAAUGAACCCAAAUGAUAUUAGAGUGGCUGUGGUUGUGGAUCCCGUUCUUGGAAAUAUACUUCGACCGCAUCAAAGGGAAGGUGUCAAAUUCAUGUACGAUUGUGUCACAGGACAUCAGAUAGAAAACGCAUAUGGCUGUAUCAUGGCUGACGAGAUGGGUCUGGGUAAAACCCUGCAAUGCAUUACAUUACUCUGGACGCUACUACGCCAAGGCCCUGAAUGUAAGCCCACAAUAAGCAAAGCAAUCAUAGUGUGUCCAAGUAGUUUAGUAAAGAAUUGGUAUAAUGAGAUAACAAAGUGGCUCGGACAAAGAAUCAAUUCCCUUCCAAUGGACGGAGGUUCAAAAGCUGAUAUAACAUUAAAAUUGCAGCAAUUCAUGAACACAUAUAAUUCCAUGAGAGUUGCAACACCUGUGUUAAUUAUAUCAUAAGAGACGUUUAGGAUUUAUUCAAAUAUUUUACAUUCAUCUGAAGUAGGGUUAGUAUUGUGCGAUGAAGGACACAGACUAAAGAAUAGUGAAAAUCAAACAUAUCAAGCAUUAAUGGGAUUAAAAGCUAAGAGGCGAAUUCUCAUAUCUGGCACACCAAUACAGAACGAUUUGACUGAAUAUUUCAGUUUAGUACAUUUUGUUAAUGAAGGAAUACUUGGCACGGCCCAAGAAUUUAAAAAGAGAUAUGAAAAUCCAAUUCUUAAAGGACAAGAUGCGUUAGCAAGUACGCAGGAGAGGGAGAGAGCACAAGAGUGCUUACAGACUCUUACGUCUAUUGUAAAUAAAUGUAUGAUUCGUCGAACAAGCAGCCUACUUACAAAAUACUUGCCGGUCAAGUUUGAACAAGUAAUCUGUGUUAAAAUGACACCACUACAAACACAAAUUUAUAAGAACUUCAUUAAUUCAGAUACAAUUAGGAACAAAUUCGCAGGCACAGGGGAUAAAAACACUCUCAGUGCAUUGUCCAGUAUUACUAUGUUGAAAAAAUUAUGUAAUCAUCCAGAUUUAGUGUACGACAAAAUUAUGGAACGGUCAGAAGGCUUUGAGAAAGCCAGAGAUCUUUUACCAAGUAAUUACGACAUAAAAGACGUGAGACCCGAAUACUCAGGAAAAUUAAUGAUUCUUGACUGUAUUUUAGCCAAUUUGAAAAUGAAUACAGACGAUAAAAUCGUUCUUGUAUCGAAUUAUACUCAAACUCUCGAUUUAUUUGAGAAAUUAUGUCGUAAACGACAAUAUUUGUAUGUGAGGCUAGAUGGUUCUAUGACAAUAAAGAAAAGAGCUAAAGUAGUCGAAAGUUUUAACGAUAAGAAUUCCAAAGAAUGGAUAUUUAUGUUAAGUUCUAAAGCUGGAGGUUGUGGUCUCAAUCUUAUUGGUGCUAAUCGACUAAUCAUGUUUGAUCCUGAUUGGAAUCCUGCAAAUGACGACCAAGCCAUGGCCAGGGUUUGGCGUGAUGGGCAAAAGAAAGUCUGCUAUAUCUACCGCCUUCUUGCCACGGGGACGAUCGAGGAGAAAAUCUUCCAGCGCCAAGCCCACAAAAAAGCGUUAAGCGACACAGUUGUAGACCAGAAUGAGGACUCUUUGCGACACUUUACAUCCGACGAUUUAAAAGACUUGUUCCGCCUCGAAGAAAACACGCUAUCGGAUACACACAACAAAUUCAGAUGCAAGCGUUGUGUGAAUAACAUACAAGUAACAUUGCCCCCAGAAAAUUCUGACUGUACGUCUGAUUUAUCGAAUUGGUACCAUUGCGCGGAUAAAAAGAACCUCGCGGAUUUAGUAUUAAAACAGUGUUGGGAUCUUGCAAAGAGCAUUUCGUUCGUCUUCCACCACCGAUCAGCUCAAACAGAAGCACAGAAAAACAUGGAAGAAGACAAAGAAAAUGUUCAAGCCAAGAAGAAAAGAAAAAUUGAAAUCGAUGAAGAUUAUUCCGAGCCUGAUGACAGUGCUGAUGAAGAUUAUGAAUAGAUUUAUUUUACAGUGUUUGUUAAAUUAAGUGGAGAUUUAUGUUACGAAUUAUAAAAAUGUUCUAUUUAU